UUGCAGUCGUGUCUUGAUAUGGAAAAGUGCAAGAGAAUCGAAACUCGAUUGCUGCCGGAAGCCAUGAUUCAGCAGAUACAGUCUUUUUUGAGUGAAAAAGAAGCUGCUCGAACCACUCUUGUCUCCAAAUCAUGGUACAACGCGUGGCUAACUCGUCCCGUGCUCGUGCUCGUGCUCAGAAAUCUCCAUCGGAAAUCAUCGGCGGCCGAGUGCUCGAACUUAGCAAUGAAGGCCAUGCGAAGGUAUCAUGACGCGAACUUGAAGAUCGAGAGUUUGAGUCUCAAAAUGCGAGGAUGUAGAAACAGCUCUGAACCUCUUGCCCGCAAAUUGAUCGCGGAUGCCAUGAAACUGGGAGCUACUGAUCUCAAACUCGAAUUCUUCCCUUCCGGAUUCGCGCUGCCGGCGGAGGUGCUCGGAUCUGAAACCCUCCGCCGAUUAUCUGUAAGUGGGUGCCAAAUUGAUGGAAACGUCAACUGCUCGAUGCUCAAAUCACUCAGCUUGGACAGCGUGCUUUUUAAAAGAGAGGAUGAUAUGCUUAGAAUCAUAACUUCCUGCUGCAAUUCCAUCGAGGAACUGUCGCUUUCAAAUUCUCCCAUUGUUAAUUACAUAACUGAAUUGAGAUGGCAGAAUCUACACGAGUUUCAUAAACUUAAGCGAUUGUAUCUUGAGAGGGUGACUGUUCGUAACUCCUUCACCUACUUGGAAUCUCAAUGCCCUUGCUUGGAGGAUCUGAGCCUUGUUCACUGCUACAACACUGGGAUACAUAUCACGAGCUCUUCACUCAAACGCAUAAGCAUUGUACAGCUCCGUGCAUGGGGACUCUUGUUAAAGUUUGAAGUUCCGAAGCUUGCUGUAUUUAGCUAUUCAGGCAUUGGCAUACCGUUGCUUUCUAUCAAAGCAAGGGAGGGAUGGGAGUCUCAUAUAUAUAUGAAGUGCUAUCACAAUGAGACCUACUUCUCAUGGUACCGAGAUUUGCACAGGUUGUUGACUCAUCUGAAUCCAUCAAGAAGCAACCUCACUAUAGAUAUGGUUGGGUCACGGGCUCAUAUCGUGAAUGAUAUUCGUGGUGUAGCCAUACCUGUAGCAGUGGAGAAUUUGAGGGUUGAGACAAAAUAUGAUGCAGGUUGCAUUCUGCGUUGUCUAUUUCGUAUAUGUCGCCCCAAGUUGGUAACCCAUUGCUUGCUUGAUAGUGAAUGUUGGAAAUCAGACGAACUCUCCCUUAAAAGCCUCUGUGAGAAACUCGUGGGUCCGAAGAGGGGUCGGAGAAUAUUUGAUCUCGAUGAGGGGAAAAUGGAAGUAUACGAUGAAGAUGAAGCAGAAUGGCGGCCUCUUCUACUGCAAGAUGCACUAACAACUCCUCCAAUGGGACGUAAUGUUCGUCUCCACUUGAAGUGGUGAUCACUGAUCAUUAAUGAGUUCGUUUCUCUGUGCUUUGAACUAUGUAUUUUGUUAUAUGGAUUCCUGAAUCUGUAUGUAUUAUGUUAUGGGUGGU